GAGCCGAAACUGGAGAACAAGGGGGUGAGACGAUUACGCCUGAAGUUGACGUUGAAGGAAUGGGGCAGCUCUUUGUUAACCAGCAUUACGCCAUGUUUGAUGACCCAGAUCAGAGGCAAAGUCUGGCGUCAAGAUAUACGGAGGAAUCAAAAAUGAUAUGUGAAGGAGCCCUUGUCAUUGGAUCAACGAAUAUUAUGGAGAAACUUAAAACAUUAGCCAGCCAAACCUUUCAGCACUUUCCAACUGCCAUCAAUUGCCUGGCCAUACCGGAUGAUCAGAUCAUGAUCCAAGUAGUCGGAAAACUGGAAAUUCAUGAAAAAACCGCUCAUACCUUCGCCCACACCUUCAUAUUGAAGUUCAUUAAUACUGACUUCGUCAUUCAAUACGAAAUCUUUGCACGAAACCAAAAGCCAUGGGGCUCCCGCGGAGAUCUUUCGUGCCCGCUGUCCCACACGGGCUAUGCUCAUGUUGGGGACGUGACUGAAAACCCCUUGUUUUAU